AUUCAAUUGGUUCGGUGCGGUGUCGAGAUGAAAUCUAUUUUAGUUACGGGGUGUAACAGAGGACUGGGUUUAGGAAUUGUAAAACAUCUGGUAAAUGACACAAAUCCACCACAAAACGUCAUAGCAACUUGCCGGAUUAUUGAAAAAGCACCAGAAUUGAGGGAAAUAGCUGAAAAAAAUAGAAAUGUCCACAUCUUAACGCUAGACGUAAAAAAUACGGAUACUUUUGACCGCUUUGCAAAAGACGUGGAAUCUAUUGUCGGAGAUGAUGGCUUGAAUGUUUUAUUCAAUAAUGCCGGAUAUUCUCCGAAAUCCACCAGGAUAAAUAUGGUAAAAGCCGAACAAUUGGCUGAAACAUUUGCCAUCAAUACUAUUGGACCUAUAAUGUUAACCAAGGCGCUACUUCCGCUUCUAUACAGAGCAGCAGCAAAAAAUGUGAACGCACCAGUUUCAUGUUCAAAAGCGGCUGUAAUAAAUAUGUCAUCGUUUUUAGGCUCUGUAGAGCUCAAUACGGAUGGGGGUUUGUAUCCUUAUCGAUGCUCUAAGGCUGCAAUAAACAUGGCUACAAAAUCCCUAAGCAUCGACUUGAAAAGUCAAGGCGUGUUGGUGACCUGCAUUCACCCGGGAUGGGUGAAAACAGACAUGGGUGGCAAUAACGCACCACUUUCUGUAGAUACGAGCUGUUCUGGAAUUGUAAAGGUUAUAAAAGAGCUGAACGAAAAACAUAAUGGAGGAUUUGUCCAAUGGGAUGGAAAGGAACUACCGUGGUAAAUGGAGAUGUUGAAUUUACUGUUAUCAAAUAACGUCCAUCAACAUAACAAGCCCAAAGCCGCGGAACUUUAGAUUAAAUAUAUCGGAAGAUACAGCACAUGUGUCCACAUAAUAAAUAAAUAAAAAACAAUUUUUUACAGAGAAUCGCUUUGAAGAAAACGUUGAUUCAGAGAACAUUGACAUUAUUCGUAUCAGCACUAUGACCAAUAGGGUAGUAUUCUGCAAUAAACAAAUAAUGUUUCUUAUGUAUAUUUUGCGUAACCAAAUAAUGCUGUAUCAAGAUGCUUCCAUUCGGUUCAAGAUGUAUGUAUCUUUUUAUAUAUCAAAUAUGCUGUAUCUUACAGGGUCUUGUGCAGAACAGGUCCCCACGAAAUCGUGGUUUUUUUAAUUUUUAAUGUGGAUCCCAUAGUUAAUGGAAUGGUUUAAAAGAAAAAAAUUGUUGGAUGAACCACUUUUUCUACGAAAAAAAAUAAUUGAAAAUUCCAAAUUUUCACUACAUUUCAAUGCGAAAACUCCCUAUUAUAACCUUCAUAAAGACAGUAAAAUACAAGGUUAUGCACCGUGUUGCCAUACUCACCCUGUGUAAAAUCGACGAAAACGUUCUACUUUAUAUUCAUUUUUUUUACAUUUAGUACGCACUUUAAG